GUUGGAAGAUACAUCCCCAAAAUUUUGUUCCCAGACAAAUUCUCAACUGAUAAACAUGGCCGAAAAAUUGGGUAAGAAGACAGCUAUUAAAACUACUGGAAAGUUGGACAAGAAAGAAACGAGCAAACUAUCAAGAAGACCUUCUGAAAAAUUGAAUAAGAAGGAAGUUAGAAAAACUACAAAUGCAGCUGAUAAACUAAACAGAACAGAAAUUAAAAAGAUUUUUAACACAUUCGAUUAUAAUGGUAACGGUAUCCUGUCCCUUGCCGAAAUUGAUAAAGCUGUUAUUGAAAUUUACCCACAUCUUGCUGAAGACAAGCCUGCCAUCAUGCGUGCUUACAAAGCUGCUGAUACUUCACAGGAUGGUUUUAUUGAUUUCAAAGAAUUCGGACGCCUCAUAGAUCUCCUUCAUUAUUACAACGACCUGUUUCAGAUAUUUAAGAAGCUUGAUAUAGAUAAUGAUAGACGUGUUGAUUUUGAUGAGUUCAAAAAGGGAUAUGAGCUUAUGGGAAUAAAUGGAGGUCCGGAUGAAGAGCUUAAAGCAAAGUUUGAUGAGAUUGAUACAAACCAAGGAGGUCAUAUUCUUUUUGAUGAAUUCUGCAUUUAUGCUGCAAAGAUAAAAUUGAGAUCUGAAAUACCUCAAGAUGCACAAGAAACUCAAGAAAUUCAGAAAGCUCAAACAAAACCUUCUGAAAAAUCGGAUAAAAAAGAAAUCAAAAAACCUUUAAGAAGACUUUCUGAAAAUGUAAAAUCGGAUAAGAAAGAAACAAAACCUUUAAGAAGACUACUUUCUGAAAAUGGAAAAUCGGAUAAGAAAGAAAUCAGCAAACCUUUAAGAAGACUUUCUGGAAAUGUAAAAUUGGACAAGAAAGAAACAAGCAAACCUUUAAGAAGACUUUCUGGAAAUGAAAAAUCGAACAAGAAGAUCUCCAGCAAGACUAUAAAUUCGGUUACCAAUACAGACAGAACCGAGAUUAAAAAGAUUUUUGACACAUUCGAUUAUAAUGGUAACGGUAUACUGUCUCUUGCUGAAAUUGAUAAAGCUGUUAUUGAAAUUUACCCACAUCUUGCUGAAGACAAGCCUGCCAUCAUACGGGCUUACAAAGCUGCUGAUACUUCACAGGAUGGUUUUAUUGACUUCAAAGAGUUCGAACGCCUCAUUGAUCUUCUUCAUUAUUACAAUAACCUAUUUCAAAUAUUUAAGAAACUUGAUAUUGACAAUGAUAGACGUAUUGAUUUUAAUGAGUUCAAGAAGGGAUAUGAGCUCAUGGGAAUAAAUGGAGGUUCGGAUGAAGAGCUUAAGGCAAAGUUUGAUGAGAUUGAUACAAACCAAGGAGGUUAUAUUCUUUUUGAUGAGUUUUGCAUUUAUGCUGCAAAGAUAAAAUUGAUAUCUGAAAUACCUCAAGAUACACAAGAAGCUCAAGAAAUUCAGAAAGCUCAAACAAAGCCUUCCGAAAAAUCGGAUAAAAAAGAAACCAGCAAACCCUUAAGAAGACUUUCUGAAAAUGGAAAAUCGGAUAAAAAAGAAAUCAGCAAACCUUUAAGAAGACUACCUUCUGAAAACGGAAAAUCGGAUAAGAAAGAAAUCAGCAAACCUUUAAGAAGACUUUCUGGAAAUGUAAAAUUGGAGAAGAAAGAAACAAGCAAACCUCCAAGAAGACUUUCUGAAAAUGUAAAAUCGGACAAGAAGAUUUCUAAUAAAAUUACAAAACUAGACAGAACCGAGAUUAAAAAGACUUUUGACACAUUCGAUUAUAAUGGUAACGGUGUCCUGUCCCUUGCUGAAAUUGACAAAGCUGUUAUUGAAAUCUACCCACAUCUUGCAGAAGACAAGCCUGCCAUCAUGCGGGCUUACAAAGCUGCUGAUACUUCACAGGAUGGUUUUAUUGACUUCAAAGAAUUCGGGCGCCUUAUCGAUCUUCUUCAUUAUUACAACAACCUGUUUAAAAUAUUUAAGAAGCUUGACAUAGAUAAUGAUAGACGUAUUGAUUUUGAUGAGUUCAAAAAGGGAUAUGAGCUCAUGAAAAUGAAUGGAGGUUCGGAUGAAGAGCUCAAGGCAAAAUUUGAUGAGAUUGAUACAAACCAAGGAGGUUAUAUUCUUUUUGAUGAGUUCUGCAUUUAUGCCGCCAAAGUAAAAUUGAUAUCUGAAAUACCUCAAGAUGUACAAGAAACUCAAGAAAUUCAGAAAGCUCAAACAAAAUCUUCCGAAAAAUCGGACAAGAAAGAGACUAGCAAAACUUCUGGAAAAUUGAAUAAGAAAGAAAUUAGCAAACCUUUAAGAAGACUUUCUGGAAAUGAAAAGUUGGACAAGAAAGAAACAUGCAAACUUUCUGGAAAAUUGGACAAGAAAGAAGCCAGCAAACUUUUAAGAAACCCUUCUGUUAAAAAAGAAACAAGCAAACCUUCUGGAAAAUUGGACAAUAAAGAAACAAGCAAAUCUUCGAGAAGACUUUCUGAAAAAUUAGAUAAGAAGGAAGUUGGAAAAAUUAGAAAUACAGUUAUCACAACAACUCAUAAAUUAGAUAGAACAGAAAUUAAAAAGAUAUUUGACAUAUUCGAUUAUAAUGGUAACGGUGUCCUGUCCCUUGCUGAAAUUGAUAAAGCUGUUAUUGAAAUUUACCCGCAUCUUGCUGAAGACAAGCCUGCCAUCAUGCGGGCUUACAAAGCUGCUGAUACUUCACAGGAUGGUUUUAUUGACUUCAAAGAAUUCGGACGCCUCAUUGACCUUCUUCAUUAUUACAACAAUCUGUUUCAAAUAUUUAAGAAACUUGACAUAGAUAAUGAUAGACGUGUUGAUUUUGAUGAGUUCAAAAAGGGAUAUGAGCUCAUGGGAAUAAAUGGAGGUUCGGAUGAAGAGCUUAAAGCAAAAUUUGAUGAGAUUGAUACAAACCAAGGAGGUUAUAUUCUUUUUGAUGAGUUUUGCACUUAUGCUGCCAAGAUAAAAUUGAUGUCCAAAAUACCUCAAGAUGCACAGGAAGCACAAGAAAUUCAAAAAGAUCAAAUUGAGUCUGCCGAAAAAUUAGACGAAAAAGAAAUUAGUGAAACUUCUAUAAAAUUGGACAAUAAUGAUACGAGCAAACCUUCUGAAACAUUAGAUGAAAAGACAGCUGGUAAAACUACCAGUGCAGUUACCACUACUAAUAAACUAGAUCGUACUGAAAUUAAAAAGAUUUUUAAUAUCUUUGACUAUAAUGGUAAUGGUAUUCUAUCCCUUGCUGAAAUUGAUAAAGCUGUUAUUGAAAUCUACCCAUACCUUGCUGAAGACAAGCCUGCCAUUAUGCGAGCUUACAAAGCUGCUGAUACUUCACAGGAUGGUUUUAUUGACUUCAAAGAAUUUGGACGUCUCAUCGACCUUCUUCAUUAUUACAAUAAUCUGUUUCAAUUAUUUAAGAAACUUGACAUAGACAAUGAUAGACAUAUUGAUUUUGACGAAUUCAAAAAAGGAUAUGAGAUCAUGGGAAUAAAUGUAGAUUCAGAUAAAGAGCUUAAGGCAAAGUUUGAUGAAAUUGAUAUAAACCAAGGAGGUCAUAUUCUUUUUGAUGAGUUCUGCACUUAUGCUGCCAAGAUAAAAAUGAUAUCUGAAAUACCUCAGGAUGUACAAGAAGUUCAAGAAACUUAAAUAUUAUUAAAACCAAUAAAUUGUAAUUAAAAACUAAUUCUUUUACUAAAUUAAAAGAAAAAAAUUUUUGUUAUAUAUAAUAUAUACUGUAAUAA